AUGGAAGGAAAGGGAGGAGAGAAAGAAAUAGUUUGUGUUACAGGUGCUGGGGGCUUUGUGGCAUCUUGGCUCGUCAAGUUGCUGCUUUCUCAGGGUUAUAGAGUUCAUGGCACUGUUAGAGACCCAUGGGAUGACAAGAACUCUCACUUGAAAAAGCUUGAGAAUGCAUCUGAGAAUCUGAAACUAUUCAAAGCGAAUUUAAUGGAUUAUGGCUCCCUUCGAACUGCCAUUGAAGGGUGCAGCGGAGUCUUUCAUGCUGCCAGUCCAGUUCUCUCCACAACUGUGCAGAAUCCGGAGGUAGAGGUGAUUGAACCUGCUGUGAAGGGGACAAUAAAUGUACUUGAAGCAUCUCUUGAUGCAAAAGUCAAGCGAGUUGUUUUUGUGUCAUCUCUUGCUGCUGUAACCUUCAAUCCGAAGUGGGCAGAUGGACAAGUAUUGGAUGAAACUUGUUGGUCAGAUAAGGAAUACUGCAGAAAGGUUCAGCACUGGUAUCGCCUUUCAAAAACUGAAGCAGAAUCUGAGGCCCUUGAGUUUGCAAAAAGGAAUGGACUUGACCUGGUAACUGUUUGUCCUACACUUAUUUGGGGGCCAGUUCUACAUUCUACUGUAAAUGCAAGUACCUUGAUCCUCAUCAAGAUUUUAAAGGGGAGUGCUUCAAUGGAAUACAGGCCACAGAGAUUAGUUGAUGUGCGGGAUUUAGCUCAAGCAGUCCUUCUGACCUAUGAGAAGCCUGAGGCUGAAGGAAGAUACCUCUGUGUGUCUCACCAUUUUAAGACACAGGAGCUGAUCGAGAAGCUGAGGAGCUUUUACCCCAAGUACAAUCAUCCUACAAAUGCCUGCUUCGUUGAAGCGGAAAGAGGUUUAAAGGUGAGCUCAGCGAAACUGGAAAAGCUAGGUUGGGGUUACCGUGGAUUGGAAGAGACUCUCAUAGACUCUGUUGAAAGCUGCCUUGAGGCUGGACUAUUGGAAUAAAAUGAUGAUCUUGGAG